UUCACAGAGCCUGCACAGGACAGCGCGUAGAACGCUAGCUUUUAGAGCAGCGCAUUGUUUCUCUGGAUCACUGACAGCUACAUUGUAUGAGAUUGUAACAAUGACUGAGGACAGCAAUGAAGAAGUGAACCUUUAUAUGAUAAGGGUCUUCAGAACUCGACUUAUCAGGACCAUUCAAGUGAUACCGGUUUUAGAUCAUUUGACUUUUCUGGAUAUUGAGAUCAAAAGCAGAGUGAAAACUGUAGCUGAAAACCAAGGGAACCCGGAGGCAGCGAGAUUGCUUCUGGAUCUCAUAGAGAACGGUCGUCGGGCACUGGGCUGGUUUGAAGAAUUUGUCAGAGCUCUUAAGGAGACUGAGUGCACUCAAGCUGCUUUGUACUUGGUACCAGAAGAACUUCCAACUCCCUCGUUGGAGGCCAAAAACGAUGAGUGUGAACAACUCAUUCAAAUCCUGUGCCCAGAGCUGGUUAGAGGUAUGCUUCCAGAUGAAACAUGUCUCAAAUGCCAUCAGAAAGAAAUAUGCAGUGAUGAAGACAUGGACGUGAUUAAAGCUAUACGUACACAACGAGGAGAUAUUGCAGCAAGCAGAGAACUUCUUAACAGAAUAACCAAAAAGAAAAACUGGUUUUCCAUAUUUGUGGAAGUGCUACGUGAAUUGGAUUGCAAUGAACUUGCCAAUAACUUAACCGGAGGCGAAUCUAUAGAAAGUAUAGUAGAGAGCAGUGGGACGGUGCAUAGAUCACCUGAGGACAAAGAUUCCAAAGAAUCCAAAGUUGAAGAAGAGAACCUGGUGUUGGAUGCGGUGACAAUAAAUCAUGAGAACCAGGACGAAGGAAGUCAAAACAGCGAGCUCGAAACAUCAUAUGCAGAAAGCUCUUCUGAAUUGGAUUCAAGUGCUAUGGAGCUGAGUGUGGAUAGAUCGUUUGAAAAUGGUGACACGACCACCGAAUCAGAUGAUGACAUGCCCUCGGAUAGAUCUUCACUGGUUCCUGAAAUCACCUUACGAGGUUAUCAGAUGGAAGUAGCAAAACCAGCGUUGGAGGGAAAGAAUAUUAUUAUCUGCCUCCCAACCGGAAGUGGAAAAACUAGAGUGGCAGUUUACAUUACCCAGCAGCACCUGGAGAAGAGGAGCAACCAAGGCCUCCUGGCAAAAGUUAUUGUGCUGGUCAACAAGGUGCCUUUAGUAGAGCAACAUUUCCAAAAAGAGUUUGAACCUCACUUGAAAAAUCGUUAUCGUGUCAUUAAAAUAAGUGGAGAUUCGUCAUUGAAAAUUUCACUUAAGCAUGUAGUUAACGAAAAUGAUGUAAUUAUAUGUACCGCUAAGAUUUUGGAAAAUUCACUAAUUCAAGCGAAGGAAGAUAAAGAAGAGGGUGUUAAGCUCUCAGACUUUUCUCUUAUUAUCAUUGAUGAAUGCCACCACACUCAAAAAGGUGACGUUUACAAUAAUAUUAUGAUACGGUACAUAAAACAGAAAAAAAGGAAUAUAAUGAAGAAAAAGACGGGGUUACCACAGGUUGAACUUCCUCAGAUCCUCGGACUCACUGCUUCACCAGGAGUCGGCGCAGCCAAUAACAAUAAAAAAGCUGAAGAGCAUAUUCUAAGGAUAUGUGCAAACCUUGAUGCACACAAUAUCAUGACUGUUCAGGAACAUGCCACACAGCUCCAGAAUCAAGUGAAGGAACCAUGCAAGAGAAUUGAGAUUGCAGAAGACAAAAAGAAGAACCCAUUUGGUGAUAGGCUCAAAGCAAUUAUGGAGGAGAUACAAAGCUAUGGCACUUUAUCCACAACCUCUGCAUUUGGAACUCAGUCUUAUGAACAGUGGAUAGUCCAAAAAGAAAGAACAGCUGCUAAAGAAGAAAAUCGUAAGGAACAUGUUUGUGCGGAGCAUCUGAGGAAAUACAACGAUGCCUUGGGCAUUAAUGACACAAUCAGAAUGACUGAUGCCCUUAAUCAUCUGAAAAAGUUUUACGCGGAAGAGAAAAAGAAAAAGCUUAUUCUAAGUGAAGAAAAUGGUAAUGGACUGAUUGAAAAUAUAGACGAAACAGACAAAUUUCUCAUCGACUUAUUUGACAAGCAUAAGAAAGAACUGAAAACUCUGGCUGGAAGACAAGAUUAUGAAAAUGAAAAGCUGAUCUCCCUCAGAAAAUCCAUCAUGGAAGAAUUCACUCGGAACAGUAAAGCUAGAGGGAUCAUCUUCACCAAGACUCGACAAAGUGCUGUUUCACUGUACGAGUGGAUCAAAGGGAAUGAAAAGUUUGAAGAAGUUGGUAUACGUCCUCAAUACCUCAUCGGUGCUGGCCACAACAGUGAUUUCAAACCCAUGACUCAGAAUGAGCAAAAGAAAGUGAUUCAUAAGUUUAGCACUGGUGAAGUGAACCUGCUAAUUGCAACCAGUGUGGCCGAGGAAGGACUGGAUAUUAAAGAGUGCAAUAUUGUCAUUCAAUAUGGCCUUGUCACCAAUGAGAUCUCCAUGUUACAGGCCCGUGGUCGAGCCAGAGCUGAUGAUAGCAGCUAUGUGUUAGUUGGAUCUAGUUCAUCCUUAGUUGCUGAACAUGACAGUGUUAAUCAAAUAAGGGAAAGGAUGAUGCACAAAGCCAUCAAGAAAGUCCAAGACAUGGACCGAAGUCUCUACUUAGAUAAGAUCCAGGAGUUUCAAAGUCAAAACAUAGUUGAGAAAAGUGUAAAAAAUAUCAAAGCCACACGCAAGAAGUGUCAAGGAAAUCCAUCCAUGGUCACAUUUCAAUGCAAGGGUUGCUUCAAACCGGUCUGCUGCGGAAGUGAUAUUCGUGUUAUAGAAAAUAUGCAUCAUGUAAAUACAGAAGAAAACUUCAAAGCACUCUUCAGUAAAAUAGAAAAGGGAGGGAAUUUUGCAGAGUACCAGACAAAUGGAGACAUUAUUUGCAAGGAUUGUGGAAAAACAUGGGGUCCAAUGAUGGUCUACAAAGGACUUGAUGUACCUUGCCUGAGAAUAACAAACUUUCUGGUCAAAGUUAAAGACCAAAAAUUGUCUCUUGAUAAAAAUCUAAACCGUUGGAGUGAUUUGCCCAUCGCGUUUCCAGCUUUCAAAUAUGCAGAACCAGAAUUUUCCAGCGAUGAAGAUGAUGAUUAGGUCAAUGGAAAAAGAGCAGGAUCCUCUUUGAAGAAUACAUUCCUCGUUAUUAUCCAUACAAAUCAUAUGAAUAAUAUAUAUGGAGGUUUCCAUAAGCUCCUGAUGAUCCUCUGUUGUAUGUUACAUAUUUGCAUACUUGACUCUUUUCCCCUGAAGAAGCUCACCCAAGUGCAUGAGAAAUGCAUAAGAACUACUUAUUACACUUGGUUCCAGGAAGAUUCCAUCCAAGCGUCACUUUCGUUUUUGAAAAUGAAUAUACAUUGUUGCAUCCAUACUUGUAUAGUUUUAAUGACUGUGUGCUAAGCUUCCGUAACAUAGAGGUUUGGACAUAGAUGUGAUCAUCCUGUAUACCCAAAAAAGUAUUUAUGUAAUACUUUUACACAAUAGACUGAAAUGAUGAUGAUGUGUAAGGUCUUACUUUCACAAUUCCAUUUGAUGUAUUGCCAGUUUAAAGAAUAAACUGCUGAAUAUUAGACAUAGUAUAA